UUGACGCUUGGGUAGCCAAAGAAUCCACGGCAGACAGACUAGACUCUGUCGGAGUCCUUGCCAACUCUUUGAGUCGGCUUGGAAGUGCGUUAGUUCGCAUCGAGAUUAUCGCCUCCUGCGAUGGCGGCGUGGCGAGAGCUAGCGGCGAGACGAGCAGUCUUCACCGCGAAUGGCGCUCUCGCUUCGGGCCCGCAUCAGUGGCCCCGGCGACAAGCAGUCGCUGCACAAUUCUGUCGCACGCCGUCGCCAGGCUCGUCGCUACGUCGCCAACCCCACUGCUCAAACCCUUCCGAAUUGGCGAAAUCGUCGUUUAUAUCGCCAAGGUUGGGUUCGCUUUUCCUGAAAGAGCUUGUUUCCGGCCUGCCGAGAAGGUUUAGACGAGAGACCGCCGGAAUUGGCGGCGAAAAUGACGGCAAACAGACUCCGUCCAGAAGGCAGCGAGGGCUCGCGGGCGUUGCACAGGCGAGCUUCGACUAUGUAGAAUUCACCGCGUCGCUCGACACGAACAUCCCGCUGAGAGAACGACCCGAGGCGCCAUUCCACGCGUACCUGGAGAACCCCAACCGGGUGUUCAACGCCUUCUUCCCUGACAAGCAGCGCGCGGAGAAGCUUUCGGAGGAUGAGUGGCGGAUCCACAUGUUACCAAUCACGUUCUUCCUGGUUACAGCUCGGCCAAUCGUGGACAUGCGGAUAUUCCUCGACAGGCCAUCCCUUUCAGCGGAUAAAGUUCGAGAUGCCUCUUUAGUGAAGCACGUCAUGCGCUUGCAAGCGACCAACUGGGAGCUCAAGGGCGUGGACUACGACCCAUCGAAGUUCUCUCUAGACGUGCGCGGCUCUCUCUUCGCGCAGUCAGCCAGAGCCAGUCAGCCCUCCGUGGUCACCAGCUACACCAGCAGCAGCAGGCAAGCGCAGGGGAACGGCUCCAGAUUCAGCUACAGCAGCAGCAGCAGCAGUGUGGGUGGUGGGGCCACCAUAACCUCUUACAGCAGCAGCAGCGGAUCCGGCAUUAGCAGCAGCAGCAGCAGCAGCAUCAGCAGCGUGAGCAGUAGUAGUGUGAGCUAUGGCGGGCGACAGGGUGUCAACCGGAGUAUGCUGCGGGGGCAGAUGGCGGUGACUGUUGGCAUGCAGGUGCCGCCCAACCUGUUUCUAGUUCCGCGGCAAUCAAUUGAGGCUGUUGGGAGUGCGGUGCUGCAGCAGCUUCUAGCGUCCAUGAAAGACCGGGUCAACAACCGAGUGCUUGAGGAUUACGCCAAGUUUGCUGCAGAGCACUCCCGCUCUGCUGCCAGCUCCAGGAGGCUUCCCAAGCCGUAAGAACAGUGGAGUGGAUGAUACAUGGGGUAGCAGCUAUGGGUUACACCAAUUUGCUGCAGAGCAGGUACUCUCGCUCUGCCGCCAGCUAGAAGCGCCCCCCUCCCUGGCUGAAGGAUGCUGGUGACUGUCAAAAACAUGUCCUGCCCACGCUGUUCCUUCCUUACUCUGUAUUAUACGCCAGCUGUAAGUCUUCUGCGAAACACUCAGGCUCUGGUGUGAGAGAGCUCAAGAAAUUUCUUAGCCUAGCUGGGUAAUAGUAGUGGCAGGUACCUAUCAGCCUCAUACCACGAAAGUCUGAUGCUAUUGGAGCUCUGAAGAAACUACGUAUUAUUGC